AUGUUGAGUAUCAAAGAUUUCACCUCAAAUCUCACAAGACAUGCUAGAAACACCGAGGAGAAAAGGAACAUGGUUCUAACUAUCCUCAACUCCACUGCUACCAAGAGAGAAGUUCGAAACUACUUGAAGAAGUAUCCUCUAUUAAAGGAUGUGGAUAUCUACAGUAAGGGCCAAAUGGAUCGGAGCUCCGUUAGCAAACGUAACAAGUACUCCAGCAUGAUUGACAAUCUCAUGUUGAAGCAUUCGACCAAUAAUGAAAACAACAAAAUUGAAGACUUUCACUUGAAUCGCCCAAGGUCUGAUCUAAUCAGUAAAUCUAAGCUGGAGAUCAAACUCACUGACACCCUUCGUAUUGCUAUUGUGAAGAUCAGGCAGUUUAGGGAUAUUGACCCCACAGCUUUGAAAGGUAUCGCCUUUACUUUGUACAAACUAAUAAAACUUGGGGUGAGUCCCAUAGUGUUAUUGGAUACAGAUAAAGAAGUUCAGGCUUUGAAUGGAGAAUCGGACGCCAUGGUACAAAAAAGCAUUGCCAAUUACCAUCAGCAGGCCCUGAGUUUCAUAAAUAUCAUUGAAAAAUGUUUCCAUAAAUAUGAGGAUGACAACGAGCUCUCCGCAAGGGCCAUCAGAGGUUUGUUCGAACAAAAAUUUGAUGAAGACAGAUUUUCAAUGACCCUACCAGAGCUAUUACUAAUUCCUAUAUCUCAGGGUAUAGUCCCUGUUGUUUAUCCUGUGGGAUAUAUGGAUAAGGGCUCCAAAAAUGUAUUUCUAUCCUCCGAGGCAGUCCUCCAAUGUUUAGCUACUGACUUGAAAUCCUUGAAUGAUAGACAUAGAUUGGACCAUGACAAGGAGAACUUAUUCACAAUUGAAAAGUACAUUUUCAUUGACCCAUUGGGAGGUAUCCCAUCUUUGGAGAGGUACAAAAGUGCACAUGUAUAUAUCAAUCUAUUACAAGAGUAUGAAGACAUUGUGUCGGAGCUUUACAUAGGGUUCUUAAAGACUGGAGAAAGGGACCAGCAUUUGAAGAACUUAAACUUGCUUCAGAAAUUGUUGCAGGUAACCACAGAUGCAUCAGGAAUAGUUACUACUCCUCAAAUCGCCAUGUUGAAUCAGACCGACCGAUUCACCAAUCCAAUAAUUUACAAUGUCUUAACCGAUAGGCCGACAAUAUCAUCGUCAUUACCGGUUGAUUUGAAAAAGACCCCUUUGCUAAACACUUCAAUCAUUAGGAGAGGCGUACCGGUUGAAGUUUAUGUGGACGAAUCAUCUGACAAAAGUGGGCUGUGCCUAGACUCUCUUCUGAAACGAGGAGCUUUAGACUUAGAAAAGCUUAAGAAUGUGAUCGAUUUGUCGUUUCGAAAGGACUUGAAUAUGAAAAAGUACCUAGCCAGAGUAAAGAACAAUGUUGCAGCUAUCUUAAUCGCUGGAGAUUACGAAGGCGUGAUCAUAGUUACUUGGGAGGUAACGGAUGAAGAAAAGCCGCAGAAAAUAGCUUAUUUAGAUAAGUUUGCAGUGUCUCCUAAGGCCCAAGGAUCGACAGGGGUUGCCGAUGUUCUUUUCAAGUCAUUAUUGUCCAAUUUUGAGAACGAAUUGUUCUGGAGAUCUCGAUCUAAUAAUCCAGUGAACAAAUGGUACUUUGAACGGAGCAAAGGUUCUCUUACUGUUACUGGCACAAAUUGGAAAUGCUUCUACACCGGCAAGAACUAUCCUUCAUUGGAUAGAAUGAAGGGCUAUUUCAACAUCUGUGAGAGAAUCCAACCUUCCUGGAAUGGAUAA